AUGAACAGUUCCGAUCUUGUUGCACGAUGGGAUGUAGCGCUUCCCGAUAAAGUGUAUAAAGUAUCCUUUGAACACGGUACCACAUCGGGUAAACGAAUUAUCUGGGUCAACGACAAGGAAGUAUUGCGCAAAAACUGGAUGUUCAAAUUAGUGGGUAGAGAACAAUUUAAAUUAGGCAAUUCCGUAGCAACCAUUAAUAUUGAUGCAGCUGGUGGAUUCGCUUAUGAAUAUUCUCUCGAAGUCAACGGUAAAUCCUUAAAAAAAUUUGUAGAAAAUCGCAAGAAAAGUUCCAAAACCUGGGCAUUUAUGCUUACUGGUGAGCCGACAAGAGUGGUUUUCGAAAAGGACUCUCUGGAUGUUUGGGUUAAUGGAGAGAAAUUAAACACAGCGGGAGAAUUUGUUGAAGACGGUACAGAGACACAUUUUACAUAUCGAAAUCAUAACUGCUACAUAAAAGCGAUAAGUUCCGGUAAAAAGAGGGACGGAAUUAUUCAUGCUCUAAUCGUAGAUGGCGAAGAAAUUCCAAGCGAAGAUUGA